AUGGCACGAGCCAGCAGCUCCUGGAAGAUCUCCUAUGCUGCUCCGAAGCAGGCCUACGAGAAGCACAUGUUCUGCCGGCCACGACUCUACGAGCCUCGAGGCUCCGUUCCGGAUGAGGUUUGGGAGGCGAUCUGGCCUUGGGUCCCGGCCAACUGUCGCGUCUUCGACCCGCAUUUGAUCUACACACCAGUCGUGGACGGAACGUCGUUGCGCACCUGCUUAGAAAAGUGCAAGAAGUGCAGAGAUGCGGCCAUGUGCUUUUUCGUUUACAGUGAGUUCGGAGACAUUUUGGGCGGCUUCUCUCCCGUGAUCUGGGCCCGGACCAGCGGUUACUUGGACCUGAUGACUUCCUUUAGGGCUGCCGAAGACGCCUUCGUCUUCCGGAGGCUUCAGGGGAAGAGCACCGUGGACGUCUUCACUUGGACGGGCGCCAACCAAAUGCUCAUGCAGGCCUCCGAGCUCCAUGGCUUGAUCUUCGGUGGGGAUGAUGCCGCGGUGCACGUGAACAAGGACCUUACACGAGCCACCUCCAGCGCAUCACGAUCCUUCAGCUCUCCGCCACUUCUGGAGGAGAACCACGGCGAGUCGAAGGUAGCUCGGCACAGGUGGACGGAGUUCGCGACUCCUUCGAGAUUUGCAGGCACGCCCCGUGUUUGCGAAUCUGAGCUCACGCGAACGCGAGAGUCCUGCACCAUGCUGCGGUGGCGACAGGUUCGAGGUCUUCGCGAGCUGAAGACUGUGGUGCAGCGAGAGCUGAUUCUGAACACUGCCAAGGAUGCAGAAGACCUGGUGGAGAUGAGCACCGGAGCGGAGGCCAUGCUCACCAAUCGGCGCUACGACGAGUUGAAGUUGAUGUACCGGAUCUUCAAGCGCGAGCCGACGAUGCUCCCGCACAUCAUCACCGCCAUGGAGCCUUACAUCGAAGGGAGGGCCCGGGGGGUUGUGGAAGACCCGCAGAUGAUCGACAGCCCCGCCGCGUACAUGGAAAAGGUGCUGGAACUGAAAAAGGAGGUGGACGACAUGGUCGUUUCCUGCUUCGACAGCGACACCGAAUUCCAGAAGGGCCGAAACCGAGGCCUGGAGGCUGUGCUGAACAAGGACACGCGAUGUGCCAAGUAUCUCGCUCUCUUCUGCGACAUGCAGCUGAAGAAGGGCUUGAAGGGCCGGAACGAGGAGGAAGUGCAGACCUUGGUGAACCAAGUCGUGAGUCUCUUCGCACAUCUCAAGGACAAAGACAUUUUCCUGGACAUCUACAAGAGCGCCUUAUCCCGGCGCCUGCUGAACAAGCUCUCUGUCUCCAACGAUGCCGAGGACUGCUUCAUCACCAAGCUGAAGGUGGAAUGUGGUCAGCAAUCCAUCCAAAAGCUGGCCUCCAUGUUCACGGACAUGGCGCUGAGCGACCAGCUUCAGGAGGAGUACAUGAAGGCCUCACACUCUGGUUCUCCGGGUGGCGUAACCCACGAGGUUCGAGUGCUCCAAACCAACGCCUGGCCCGAAAAGGCCCACGACGUGCCUGUGAUCCCUUGCCCGGAGAUGACCACCUGCAUCACGGCCUACGAAGCUUUUUACAACUCGAAGCACAACGGCCGGAAGCUGAGGUGGAUCUACAACAUGGGUAGUGUGGAGCUGAAGUGCUACGGGCUGGCACGGCCCCAUAUCUUGGUGGUAUCGGCCUAUCAGUGUCUUGCACUGGUUCUCUUCAACCAGAGGCAGCAGGUGACGCUGAGGGAGAUAUGCGAGGCGACCAAGCUUCCUGAGGAGGAGUCUCGACGACAGGUCACCUCCUUGACAGUUUCCCGGCACAAGGUGCUCCUGCACGACGCGACAGGCAAGGACCUCGGCAGUGAGACGAAGCUCCAGGUGAAUGACAAGUUUGCGAACGAAAAGGUGAAGGUUGCAGUGAGCCUCAUCAAGAAGGAGGAGAAAGCGGAGACGACGACACUGGCUGAGGCGCCGGUGGAGCGCAAGCACGUCAUCGACGCGGCUAUUGUUCGGAUCAUGAAAUCCAGGAACAGGCUGGAACACAACUCCCUUUUGGACGAGGUCUUCAGACAAUGCACUCUUUUCAAGCCGCAGCCGGCACAGAUCAAGAGCCAGAUCGAGCACUUGAUCGAGAGAGAAUUCCUGAAGCGCGACGAUGCCAAUCGCAGCAUCUACCUUUACUUGCGCCGUGAGUCGCACAGGCGCUUCCGGACUUCACAGAUCGAGGCCGAGGCAGGCGUGCAGCGAAGGCCAGCGAAGGCCGCAAGGCGCCUGCGAGGAGCCGCGCCCGGCCAAGCCGAGGGCCGCGCGCCUUUCGCCGACCGGCACUUCUGGACAGAGAGGAAAAAGAGAGGCCACGACCUUGCAGGCGGGUGCGCCGCUUUUCCGCCCGGCCUUUGUUCACUGUCCUCAUUCGAGCGCCAGCUGAAGCCGGAGGAGAAGAUGUCCGCACUUUUGGAUGCCAAGACCGCAGGACUCAUGCAGUACAUGCUGCUCGGAGAGCACUGCGAAGGGAAGCGGCCUCCAAUGGCUCUUUUGGCCAGCGCUUCGACCUUCGACUGCCUCGGGCUGGACGCGGGUGCCUGCCAGGCCCCCAGCAAGCAGACCUUGGCGAAGCGGCGCCUGCAGCUGAUGAGCAAGGAGGGCAAGGUGGACAAGGUGCAUGGCGAGGGCUUCCCAUUUGGCUUUUCACAGUGCCCUCUGCAGGUGGCAGAGGAGCGCCCCGUGGCCGCCGUGGCCAGUCAGGUGCUGCAGAUUCCUGCGAUCUUUGUCCUCUUCGAUGCCUUGGCUCUCGAUUCGGCAUCUUUGAGGGCCCCGAUCAAG